AAGCUCGCACUGCACAUGCGCGAAGCGAUAAGCGCUCAAGAUCUUUUCCGGGUCGAGCAGCUAGUCCACCUAUGAAUGCGAGCUAACGGCCUCAAAUAAUUAGCUGAAAGAAGUAGAGGGAACCAAUAUUUAGAGCACAUAACAUUCAAGUGUGUAGUUCUGUAAGCCCACGACACAGUGAUGCCGGGGCUCAGCUGUCGAUUUUAUCAGCACCGGUUUCCAGAGGUGGAGGAUGUUGUGAUGGUGAACGUGCGUUCCAUCGCAGAGAUGGGCGCGUACGUCAGCCUUUUGGAGUACAACAACAUUGAGGGCAUGAUCCUCCUGAGCGAGUUGUCCCGUCGGCGUAUCCGCUCCAUCAACAAGCUCAUCCGCAUAGGUCGCAACGAGUGCGUUGUUGUCAUCCGAGUAGAUAAAGAAAAGGGAUAUAUUGAUUUAUCAAAAAGAAGAGUUUCUCCAGAGGAGGCCAUCAAGUGUGAAGAUAAAUUUACCAAAUCUAAAACUGUGUACAGCAUUCUGCGACAUGUGGCAGAAGUGCUGGAGUAUACCAAGGAUGAGCAGCUCGAGAGCUUGUACCAGCGCACAGCCUGGGUGUUUGAUGAGAAGUACAAGCGGCCCGGUUAUGGAGCUUAUGACGUCUUCAAGCAGGCUGUGUCAGAUCCUGCCAUUCUGGAUGGCCUAGACUUAACAGAAGAGGAGAGAGCCGUUCUGAUCGAUAACAUCAACAGGCGACUCACUCCACAGGCCGUCAAAAUCAGAGCAGACAUCGAGGUGGCGUGUUACGGGUAUGAGGGCAUCGAUGCGGUGAAGGAAGCUCUGAGAGCCGGUCUCGGCUGCUCCACAGAAGCCAUGCCCAUCAAGAUCAACCUGAUCGCUCCUCCUCGCUACGUGAUGACGACCACCACCUUGGAGCGCACAGAAGGUCUGUCUGUCCUGAACCAGGCCAUGGCUGCCAUCAAGGAAAAGAUCGAGGAGAAGAGGGGCGUCUUCAACAUCCAGAUGGAGCCCAAAGUGGUCACAGACACAGAUGAGACGGAGCUCGCCCGGCAGCUGGAGAGGUUAGAGCGCGAAAACGCAGAGGUGGACGGAGAUGAUGAUGCUGAAGAGAUGGAGGCCAAAACUGAAGACUAACCCCGUCGUCUGAGAGAAGCUGAUGAAAUGUGGACCGACUCGGCCGCAGUUGCUCCGCCCCGAUUUCACGACUGAAUUUUCUGGUAUUUUACUAGUUUAUUGGAAAACAUCCCUGUUUUUAGUAUCGAGAGGCAACAAAAGCAAAGCCUUAGCCAAACAUGGAGAUCCAGAUGGUAAAUUUAACACAUGGAUUCGAAAUAAGAUAAAUUGAAAACGGUGGCCUUCACUCGCCGUCCUUUGACUUCAGUAUCCAUGGCGCUUCACCUUUAAGUCACAUGAUGUGACCGCCUGGAAGGAAAUGCAAAGGUUUGUGUGGCAGUCGGGGAAUUUGUGUGCGAGUUCUCUUCCAGUUUCAAGGUGUUAUUCAUGAAACCAAUAAAGUUCUGGAAGUUUUGAUCAA